AUGCCUCGUCUACAUUCCUCCUCUGACGCAGACAUGACAUCUGGUUUUGCUUCGAGAGUCUCCAGCACUAUCAAGGACCAGGCCAACGCAUUGUCAGGAUUGCAGAGCCUGACAUUAGAGUGGUACAGAUCGCAAUCGCGAGCAAAGCAGAUCCUCCUAGCCUUGGGAGGGUUCAUUGCCGCCAUCGUUGGAGUUUUGGUGCUUAUAUUUCACCGCUAUGUGAUUGGAGCAUUGGUUGAAGUUGCUGAUUACUGGAACAGUCUCAAAUAUGGUCGUUUGAUCUUGUUCACCUUGAUCUUCUUCGUGGGGUUCCCUCCGCUACUUGGAUAUUCGGCCCUAUCCAUGCUAUGUGGAAUGGUCUACGGAUUUCCAGGCGGAUGGCCACUUUUAGCGUCUGCAACGGUUACUGGCUCGUUUGCAUCGUUUUUGUUUUUUCGUUAUGUGUUACGGAGCCGAGCCGAAAGUCUAGUUCAACAGAAUGAGAAAUUUAGAGCCUUUGCUGAAAUCUUGAAAGAGGACGCCUCCUUAUUCUUGCUCAUAUUAUUGCGCUUAUGUCCGUUGCCAUACUCGCUAUCCAAUGGCGCGUUGGCUGCUAUUCCCAAUCUUCCAGCACUGACUUACUUCUUGGCCUCUUUGAUCACUUCUCCGAAAGUUUUUAUUCAUGUGUUUGUUGGCCAUACUAUUAAGAACUUGGGAAACGAGGAAAGGCCCACGUCUGCUAAGAUCAUGGAUGGAAUCAGUAUAAUAAUCACAGGUUGUGCAUUGUCUUUGGCUUCUUAUAUCAUCUACAACAAAAUGCAGCAGAAAUUGGACUCAUACCACCAUGUGCCAAAUAGAGAGGGUCUUGACCAUAUGAUAUUUGGUAACUUCGAUGAUGACUUGGAAUCUGGACCGACAGUGGAAUUAGAUGCUGCCGACUUUGACGACGACAAUUUCAUUAUUGAGGAUGAAGACGAAGACUUGCACACACAAGACAUGCUGGGAAGCACGGACGAUAUUAAGAAACAAACUACAAGGGACUUUGAAGCUCCGAUACGGGAUGACGAUGAUAUUGAUGACUUGGGACGGCCCAGCAAGGCAUACAGAGAUUACUAA